UCCUCUCUCGGACUACCUCGCACGUACGCGUAGCGCCUCCCCCAUCUGUUCAGCUCCUCAGAAAUUGUGAUUGAAACAGAUUGUAGCGCUCCACGGUCGCAAUGGCAACUGCCUGGAUGGAUCGUCAACAGCAACUUUCGUCCUAUAUAUGAGAUACGUUUGACGUGGCGGGGAAUUAAUGACCAAUCGAAGAACACCUAUUCUAAUGUGAUGAACAAAGUUUGACAUUUUCCAGUACGAAAAUGUCCCAGGGAUGUACAAUUUCUGUAGAAGAGAUCCAGUCCUGGUGGGAAGUACCCGCCAUAGCGCACUUCUGUUCGUUGUUCAGGACAGCGUUCAACCUUCCAGACUUUGAAAUAGAGGAGCUGGAGAAAGCCCUGUCGGAGCAGGACUUUGAUUUCCUGGGUGACCUCAUCGCCUGUCUUUUACAGGGAUGCUACCAGCGCAAGGACAUCACCCCCCAGGCCUUCAGCGGCUACCUCGAUGACAUCAUCAACUAUCGCUGGGAGCUGGAGGAGGGCAAGCCCAACCCCCUGCGGCAGGGCCCCUUCCAGGAGCUGCCCGUCCGCACCCAGGUGGAGCUGCUGCACCGCCUGUGUGACUACCGGCUGGACGCCGCCGACGUCUUUGACCUGCUGAAGGGCCUGGACGCUGACAGCCUGCGGGUGGAACCCCUGGGGCAGGAUGGGAGCGGGGCCCUCUACUGGUACUUCUAUGGCACGCGCAUGUACAAAGAGGAGCCCGUCAGAUGGAAAGCAGAGCCGCUCAGUGAACCGCCUGAAGGGAACCCACCGGAGAAGAAGAAGAAGAGGGGGCGGCCCCCGAAGAAGAGGGUGGAAGACCUCCAGCUGAGUGAGGCGGAGAGCGAGGUUCAGACUGACACCGCCCUGGACAGCCCCCCCCCUGGCACAGACCGCCAGAGAGGCUGCUGGUCCCUGGUGUGCGACACGGAGCCUCAGUGGGUCAGUCUUGCGGAGAGCAUCAAGGACAAAACCUCCCCGCAGGACCGCCAUCUCCACCGCAUCAUCAGCCAGAACUUCCUGCCAGAGAUCAGCAGCAUGAUUGAGCACAAGGAAAAGGAGCAGAAGCAGAAGCUUCUGGAGCCCUCACCAAUCCGCGCAUCCGGGCGCCACUCCGAGAAACGGAUCCACCAAGAGGAAGAGGACGACCUGCCAGCCAUGGCCGAGGUGGACAAAAGGAAGGACGGGGAUUUGGACCGGCAGCUCCUGUUGGCGGAGCAGCGGCGGGAGGACGAGCGCUUCCUGCAGGAGGAGAGGCAGAGGGAGGAGCUGGAGAAGGUCAAGGCCGUGGAAGAACGAGCCAAACGAAGGAAGCUGCGGGAAGAGAAGGCCUGGUUGCUCUCUCAGGGUAAAGAUCUGCCCCCAGAGCUGAUGAAUCUGGACCCUCACUCGCCCAUCCGCAGGUCGCGCAAGACCAAGGAGUUUUAUGAAAUCGACGAUGACUACACUGCGCUUUACAAAGUGUUGGAGACCCUCAAAGCGCAUAAAGACUCCUGGCCCUUCAUGGAGCCUGUGGACGACUCCUACGCCCCCAACUACCAUGAGCUCAUUCAGACUCCCAUGGAUCUGUCCACCAUCGAGAGGAAGCUGAACGAAGGCGACUACAUCGCAAAGGAAGAGUUUGUAACCGACGUGAAACUUAUGUUUCAAAACUGCAUGGAGUACAACGGGGAAGACAGCGAGUACACCAACAUGGCGGACUCUCUGGAGCGCUGCUUCAGCCGCGCCCUCCUGAAGCACUUCCCCUCGGAGGACGGCGACACGGACGAGGAGUUCCACGUGAGCGGCGAGGACCGCGAGCGCAAGGAGCGCAAGCGCAGCCGCGGCAGCAAGCAGCCGGGGCCCGACAGCCUGAUCAGGGCCACGGAGCAGGCCCACCGCAAGCGCAGCGCCCCGGGGGGCAAGGGCAGCACCCCCCCCGCCGAGGAGGAGGGCAAGAAGCCCGGCCGGCCGCCGCCCCCGCCCCACUGGGCCACCGGGCCGCCCCAUCACCCCCUGGGCCCGCAGCACCUGGGCGGCGGCGGGAUGUACCGCCCGGGACCACAGAUGCAUGGACCUCCUGGCCCCCACGGUCCGCCCAUGUAUUCCCAGAGGAUGGUCAUGGACCCCCGCUUUGCCUACUCUGCUCAGGGGGCUCACAUACCCAGGCACGGAGACCCCGGUCUGCAUCGCAUGCCGCACAACUUCAGCAUGCAGCAUCACCUGCGUGACGGUCUGCAUGGGGGUCUCCGAUACCCCAUGGGUCCAGACGCCCACCAGCAACAGCCCCAGCACCAACAGCAGCACCCCUACGUCGGCCCCACGCACGGGCCCUCGCUAGGCCCGCGCCCUGUGGCCCUUCAGCCCGGGCCCCCCUCCGAGGCCAGCAUGUACCCGACCCGGCAGCGGCCAGAGGGGCACACCAUGCACCCCCUGGCCAACAGAUACCCCAUCCCCGAGGGCCCCCCGCAGCACAAGUACCCGGGCUUCGGGGCCCCCGGUAUGGGCCUGUCCAACAUGUGGCCCGGUAUGCACCACCAGCCCCAAGAGAGGCCGCACGGGCCCCACAUGCAUGACCCCAACAUGGCCGGCCAGCCCCAUUACAACCAGGGAGGGGUGCCCCCGCCGCUAGGACAAAAGCCCUGGCCAGAGCCCGCCGCAGGAUACCCCCACAUGCCCGCCCCCAACGCCCAGUACCGAGUGCCCCCGGCCGGGAGCUCCCUCGGCGGCACGGCCCCCCAGCCCGCGCCGCACCCAGACGCUGGCCGGCGGCGGCUGGCCUCCAUGCUGGAGAGCCCAGAGAUGCUGGCCCUGCAGCAGCUGUCGGCCUCCUCCGGACCCCCCGCGGGGCCCCCUCGCCAGCACAUGGGCACCCUCCAGCAGCAGAAGCCCGGGCCCCCGUCAGCAGUUGGCAGCGCCCCAGCAUACGCCCCCCGGCCGCCCCCCCCUCCCCAGGAGGUUCAGCUGCUGCGGCCCGCCAGAGACAAUGGGCCAGACAGACGGCCUCCCCAGCAGACGGACACGCCGCUCAGAGGAGGAUCAGCUGAAUCUCAAAUGGCGGCCAAACGCAACGACCCCACGACCCAGGUCUCAGCACAAAUGACCUCUCUGUCCUCGGACCACGAGGGCCGGCCCCCGCUCGGCCCAGCAGAGUGUGGUCCUCCUGGGGGAAUGCACGGCCCUCCAGGGCCCGGCUGGGGCCGAACCCCGGAGCGUCGGACCGCCCCGGGACCCGCGGCGGGCCGAGCCCAGGAGUCGGACUACCGGGGACAAUCCCACAGCCACGAGGCCGCCCAGCCCGCCAACCCAGCCGCCGCCUCGGCCCGCUACGGCAGCAGCAGCAGCAACAGCAGCCCCGUCCACCCCAGCACCGCCAAAGACCCCGAGCACCCACACAGCCAUCCCCAGCACCGCAGCCCUUCAGACCGGCCGAACGCACCUCAGCACGCCCCUGCGCCCGUACCAGAGAGGACCCCGCCACACAAUCUGAACGGACGUCCUCAGAGCCGGGGACACCAGGACAGCCCCCAAACCCUCCAACAGCCACCCCACAACGGCGCUCACUACCUCACCUCGCCACAGCACCCCCCCCAGCACGCGCCCCAACAGACCAGCCCUGUGCACGGGAUGCCCCAGGGGGGUCCCCGGCACCCUCCGUCCCAGCCCGUCCCUCUCACCUCUCUGCCCCCCAGCCACCCCAUCCCCCAGCUGCCCCCCCAGUCGAGCCCUGCCGACCGCGGGGAUCAGAGGCCCUCGGAGCCCUCUGGCCGACGGGGGGACCCGGGCGGCCCUGACUCCCCCCAGCGCAGCCUGCAGCCCGCGGACCGCGCCGCGGGCGCGUUGAAGCAGCAGUGCUACAGCCCCACGCCCCACCAGACGCCCCUGGCAGGCGGCACCCACGGGGGGCGGGCCGUCCCUCGACCCGCCCCGUCCGGCCAGCACCCGGCGAUGCACCCCCAGGGCCAGGGGAACGGACCUAUGGGGCAGUACGGCCUGGCCAGCCCCCCGCACGCACACUACGGCCAUCAGAACAUGGGCAGGCCCAUGCCGCCGGCUGCCCAGCACCCCUACCCCAACCAGACCAUGAACCCAACCCACUACCCGGCCUACCACCACCACCAGCAGGGAGGCGCCGGGUACCCCUUCCACAUGGCGGGCCAGCAGCACCCGCAGGCCCACCCCAACAUGUACCCCCAGUACCAGCAGCAGCAGCCCUACUACGGCCAGCCCCAGGCCCUGGCUCACGCUCAGCCCAGCGGCCGGGGGGGGUACCCCUCCGAGGACUGGCAGCGUGCUCAGUACCAGCCCCGCCACCCCAUGGCCCCCGCCGCCUACGUCCCCAUGGCGACCGCCGGGGCCACCGCCAGGCCCGUGGAGAGGGGCAUGUCGCCGCGAGGGCCCGAGGCCCCCCCCGUGCCCCUGUCUGAGGCGGGGCCCAGGCCUCAGUCCGGCGGCGGGGACUCCGGGGACGGUAAAGAGCAGCUGUGUGGCGCCGGCAGCCCGGCCAGGCAGGUCCGGCCGGAGGAGAGCACGGAGCGGCCCGAGAGCCCCAAGGAGAUCCUGGACCUGGACAGCCACAACGCGGCCGCCCGGCGCCGCAGCCUGCAGCAGCAGCAGCAGCAGCAGCAGCAGCAGCAGCAGCGCCAACCCACGGCGGCCGCCGCCCACCUGGCCGCCGGCUUCAUGUACGACCCCCGCGCCGUGCACCCAGGGAUGCAGCAGGGCGGGGUGCCCCCACCCCACAUGCUGUCCCGGGCCGGCGGGGGCUCGCCCUACCCCGGUCAGCCUUAUCCCAGUCCCUACGCCGCCCAAAGACCCCACCCGCACCUCAUGGAGGCCCUGCAGAGGCCCCAGCAGCUGCCCUACUCCCCAGGGCAGACGCGCAUGGCCGUGUACGGACACCCCCAGGGCGGGGGGCACUUCCAGGGCAUGAUGCUCCAGCAGAGGGGGCUCGCGCCCGACCACUUCCUGCACCCUGGGCAGCAGAUGAUGGCUGCUCCUGGUGCCCCGGGCAAUAAGCAGGGCGUGUGAGAAGCCCCGGCAUGAGGACCGUCGCUGCAAGGGAGACGGCCAAGGAUGAGCAGCACACUGCCAAACGGAUGUUACCAUGUGUUGUAACUCCUACAGAAGUCCGCCGUGCUGCACGCUGCUGUUGAGGACGGCUCUGCAGUGAGAAGUGGUUCAACAUGGAGUCCUGUUGUUCAGGGGUGUCUUUAAAUUCAUCAUUGGGCCUGGUGGAACAACAGAGGAGAGCGCUCCCACCUGAUGGAUCACUGUAUCUGAAACUAAACAGCUUAAGUCUCCUAACUGUCCAGUAAAGGGAACGCAAUACACCCUUUGAUUUCGUUUUUGUUUUUCUAGAGACUCCGUAGAAUGUAUGAUUUUACUGCUGCCUGUGUGGAACCUUUUUCGUUAAAUUUAUAACAGUGGGGCAAAAGGAUGGAUAUUGCUUCCAUGCCAGAGGAUUUUCAGCUCUGGUCCAGUACAAUGUGACAGUGUAAAGACCCUCUCAUGGAUAUUUAGGGUCUGCCCAUGGAGCUGGCCAGGGCUGUGCAGCCUGUGGGACUUCAACCCCAGGUUCUGCCUCGCAACAGGACAGAGAGCUGUUGCCAGUAACUACUGGAUCACAGUCGGUCAGGACAGCAUAGAGUAGUUGUAGAGUCACACUGGACGGCCCUUUACUCUUCACUGGACUGUCUUGUCACCUCGAUCUAAAAUUGGCUUACUUGCCUUUUUUGAUAGUUUGUUAGUUUGUCCUCCAGAGUGUGGCUGCUGGUCUGGAGCAGAGGACGUGUUGUUGUUGAACUAUUAUUUUUCUUAACUCAGGUCUAAGUAACAAAACAUGGAGGUACUUAACAACCGAUCUCUGCCGUCCACAGACGUCGGCCUCGCCGGAAGCCUUGGUCUUUGUUAUUGAAUGUAUGUAUGUGUGAAUGACACCAGCCUUUAAUGCGACGUUAAGAUGAUUAUCGCUCGCAUUAAGCAAACAAAACUGUCCCAAGCUGAAGGGUCAUUUUCACCUGGUCCAGUUUCACCAGAGUUAAACACAUCCUCGUGUGUGUGUGUGUGUGUGUGUGUGUGUGUGUGUGUGUGUGUGUGUGUGUGUGUGUGUGUGUGUGUGUGUGUGUGUGUGUGUGUGUGUGUGUGUGUGUGUGUGUGUGUGUGUGUGUGUGCGCGCCCCUGCCCUACCCCUGUGGUGCCAUGUUCUCGUCGUAAAUAAAAUAAAAAAGGAUCCUUCCGAUGCGCCCUCUGCUUUGAGUUCCCCCCUGAACCUGCUGGGCCCAGCCUGAUGUAAUAAAGGACAUUAUUUUGGGUGUUUCAUACACCGCCCUGCAGGGUUGUUCAGCCAACUGCUUCUGUUCCGCUCUCCCCUUUUUAUAGCUUAAGUAGAUCAAUAAUAAAUCCUCAGGGCGUACAGUUUAUCUAUACGGGUAUUUUUAUUGAAUUGGUCGGAGCAACAAUACGAUGGAACUCGGACUUGAUUGAAGUGUGGAACCCAGUGAUUACAUAUGUAGGGUUGUGUUCAUGUGUUCCACCGGGCUCCACUCGCUGUCAAUGGAUUUGUGUGUGUGUGUGUGUGUGUGUGUUCUCUAUGUCGUUGGCUCGAGUUUGAUUUGAACACUUCACCUGCAUCCGUUUUUGAUGCGAGGUGAUUAAAAUGUAAGGAAAUCCACUUUACUCUAUUACACACAAUGGUAGCCUUAUGUUGUCACACUUUUCCUUUUAAGUUGGAAUGCAAGAAGCACCUGAUGUGCUUUCUUGGGAAACAGUCGUCCAUGCACCUUGUCCCAGAGGUGCAGUGAAGAAUCUACCUCAUAACGCCGCUUGGCAGUUCCUGGCCCCCACCGAAACCAUCCACUUCCUUGUUUGUUAUAACACAGUUGCGCAAGUCAACACUUCUGCAUUGGCCUGUCAUUUAUAUACACUAUAGCUUAAAAAAAAAAAAAACAGUACAGUCUCUUCCAGUCAACUGUCUGUUGCAAAUAGCUGCACUGCUGUCCUUCAACAAAGCAAUGUGGGAAUUGUAAAUGAUGUGACACUAUGUCAGGAGCAAUGCUAUCUUCAGCACUCCCUAUUGUAACAUACAAGAUGGGGAUGAUGUGUGUGCAUGCCUACAAGGGGACCAUCAGGUGGCGAGGUGGUGAAUAUAUAUAUAUAUUUUGCUGUACAGCUGGCGAUCUAUUGAUCUCCAAGACCGACUUCUAGAACCUAAAGACACACGAGAUAUGGUGGAAAUCGGUGGACCAUUUAAUAGUUGUAUUGCCGUACUAUACUAGUGCUGCAAAGUCUUGACUUUCUUGCCUGAAUAGGAAAGCGUUGCAUUGUGGGCAUAAUAGAGUUGGCCUUAUUCAAGGCAAUGUCUUCACUUGGGCUGUCUAGUGUAUUAGGGAUGCUGGGGUGUUCUUUGUUUUUGGGGAAUCUUUCAGAUUGUGAUAGUUGUGAACUUUACAGACUGUUUGUAAUGUUGGUGUGUAGACUUUGCAAAUGAAGACUGGUAGUCUGCAUACAAUCCCCACCUCUCACCUUUACUCUGCUGUCUCAGCACUAGUGAAAAGCAUGUUUAAAUGUGAAUCCUAUUUAUUUGUUCAUUUUUUUUUUAUGAAUUUUUGUACAUUUAUGAACUCGUUUUUAAUAUAAGUGAUGUCUGUUUGGGGUUUGUUUUCUUUGGAGAAGUUUACUUUUACCUCAGUAGCAUGGCAGCAUUGGAAGAGGCCCUGUAUGUUUAUUUCUUAUGUGACGUUUACAAGUUCUUAUCUGACUGACAUAGAUUAUUUUGGAAAUGGACCGAAGUGUUUUCUAUACUGUACAAUUCUUAGAAAUAAAAUACUUUUUCUGAAUAAGAA